AUGUUUGGUUUUUUCUUUUCUUUUUUUCUUUUUCGGCGGCGGGGGGGAGAAGUAUUUAGAUUUUCUCAUUUCCCGUGCGCACCAUCGUGUUGCUGCCGCAUCCGAUUUUGCAUAUUUUCUGUUAGGGUUUGUUGUUUCUCCGUUACUGCUGUGGAACACGCCACUCCACUUCUCAUUCGGACUGCGAGGAAGAUGGCAUGCAAUUACACGCCGCAAGAAUCCAACACUUAUUUCACUGCCCUUGCGUUCAGUUCAUUGCGGCGUGAUGCCAUCAUGGACAGUCUCACCACACUGUUUUUUGAUGUGCAAGGGUUGCGUCUUCUUGCGGCAACGGUGGAAUCUCACUGCGUUCAGCGUCCCAUGAUCUCCAUGCAGCAAAUAAUGGCGCGUAGAAAUGGAAACUUUGUCGCCACUGUGCUCUCGCCGCAGGAUUUCUUUAAAGGCAUCAUUUUCUUUAAGGGACGUGUGGUGUUCGCAAUGCGACGACUCCAUAGUCUGUAUAAGGGAUCAUUUGAGACGACCGGGGAAGAUAGUCAACUGUCCGACCAGUUGCUUGCCGUGCUGCGUAGAUGGGAGGCGUGUGCUGAAAUUUUUAUUUCUGAUGACGCCUUUGGAACUCGCCUGUCCGAACUAAUAGCAGCGCUGGACGACGUCAUUGCCAAAUUGGAGGAAUUGAUAUUGAAGCUGCGCAGUGAUGAAAAAUUGAUUUCUACAGAUAAUUCGGCUGUAGUGGCCAUUAGGAAGGCAGCAACUGAUGUAGAAGGAGCUCACAUCCGUGAAACGACACUCGGUUCGAAAUGGCAUAACAGUUAUAGGAUGUGCCACACAGCAGGCCAUUUUCUUGGGCCAAUUAGGCGGUUAGGAUUUAAUGUGAAUGCUAUUUUGUCUACCACCGGGUUACGUUGUAUGAUGGCAGCCUUCAGUUUAAUAAUUGGUCUUCCGGUGGUUCAAAUCUUAUUUGGGCUCCACGCGAUGCGGGGCCCAAGCCUCAGUAUGUUUUUGGAAGUCAACCGUACCGCUGUGAUUCCCUCAUAUGUCGACGGGAAUUCACUUUGUAUGCUUUUUUCUGCUAUUCAGUUUCUUGUGGGACUGGGGUUGGGAUUUGCGUUUCUCGUCAUACACUCCACCGCAACCUCCAACCUUGCCUAUGCUGCGGUCUUACAGGCACUCUUCAUGCAAGGGGCCGUGUCUCUGCGGUCGACUGGUCGAAACACCUCCGAUGCCGAUCAUGUGGACGACGAAGAGGAUAGCGAUGAUAAAGAAAAUGGCAUGACUUUAGCUUUGCAAAGCUCGAUUAAAUUUGAAAAGGACCCCCAAUCGACAUCACCCCCCUCCUUACCUUGGCGUUAUGAGGGAUAUGGAGGAACGUUGUGUGGUGGAACUUAUGACGGAGGAAUCCUGGAAGAGUACCAACGCGAUCAUUCCAGCCUUUACCAAGCAUUCGGUGCAUCCUUGGUGAGUUUGCGUGAAGGUCACGGGUCCAAAACUGCUGUUGCCGACAUAGUGGAGAGUGAAGAAGAGAUGCAGCUAUCAUCGCUUGGACCGGGUAAAGAUAUGGACAUUGAUGAUGAUGGGACUAGUGACAAGGAUUGUUCAAUUCGCUAUCUAUGCAUGCAGGCAGAACGGGAGAUUCAGAUGCUCUUCACCGAUGCCCCAAGUGGUGUUGCCGAUAAAUAUAAGGAUUUUUCCCCAUGUUUGCACGAAGAUCGCAGCGCAACUAUUUGUCGUCAUAUAACAGAAAAUGUGCAGGACUGCGUCUGCCCUUUGAUUAUUGUGGAAUAUGUUCCCCAUACUGUCACUUUGCGUGGAAGUUUCAAGCCUGGGGAUACAAAAGAAUUGUAUCCUAUUGUUUACUGUAGCAUCUCUGCUCUUGAACUGCUUCAAUAUCGCUGGAUGGUUGAUCUUGCUGGAAAAGAUUUUAAAAAUCUCUUUGAAUUGCACCGCAAAUUGAAACGAUCGUCGCAUAAGAAUCGUGUUAGGGCUGGAGAUAAAGUGACUUCACUCCCGGCAUUACCGCAGAAGUCGCGUGGAAAACCUCCGGGACGUCUUGUUCUUGUACCAGCACCUCCAAGUAAAGAACGGAGCCAUUCUGAAAAGCGUCAUAUGGAAAAAGUGGAAGACAUGCGUUGCCUCUUUGAAAGUGGGUUAGAGGAGCUUCUCACAUUGCAAUUGCUGCAGAAAUCAUCUUGCUUUGAAGUCUAUGCCAUGAGUAGCAACAACGUUGCUUUACCAUCCUCUUUUUGUGAGCCAAACCAGUUUUCUUCGUCAGCUUCUAUGGAUAAAAAGUACCUGGUGUUACUUUUUAUUCGUGAGGUCAACGGUGAACCGAGGGAAAUUUCUCGUAAGCUUAUUGGCGACACGGUUUCUCGAGAGGAGUUUGAGCCGCAUAUAACACUUAUGGAUAAUUCUCCAAUGGGUCAUGCGUUCAGUACUCAUUUACAAAAACGCCCCUCAACAACAAGUUCUGGCACGGUCAGCAUUUUAAAUGCCUUUGGAUCACUCAUGAAGGAUGGCGCGGAGGAUGAUUGUGAAUCCCAUGCCAGUUUGCCACGUAGCCGUCGUGUAAGGACGGCAGCGACAGGGCAUCGACGAAGAAAGCGGCGUUCCACCCUGAGGGAGUAUCCGUCACCUAUUUCAGCUGAGCGAGGCCAUGCUGUGGAUUACGUUACAGCGCAGCAGCUCCGUGAAAAGUUGAAUAGUUUGAUUGCUGUUUGUGGGGUGGAACUCACGUCGCGUGUGCCAGAGAAAUUUCUAAUUAAUUUUGUUGCCCUCAUGAUAUUUGUUAAUCGUGUUUUGAAGCGAUAUAAACGUGUCAACUGCCGUGUGGAUGCUGAAAAUAUGUUUAUUCUUCUUGAAUUGAAGGCAUUGGAAAAUGUACCUCUCAUGAAAGUUGGUCUUCGACAUGGGGAUGAUGAAAACUCCUCAUCGUCACUUGAUUUUUCCCCAAGUGAUAAUGGGAGUCGAGUGCAUGCCACAAAUGAUAUUGGGAUUAGUUCUAUUCUUUCAGCGAAUCUAUUGGAGUAUCUGCGUGUUUGUGACGCCACCAUUCACCUUACAGCAAAUGGAUGUACAUUGCGUUUCCCAUACACCACGCAAGAACGUCUGGCACUCAUGGAGGAGGCCGGGACGUUGCAACUCUCUACACUCAGAGGACUUUCAUUGUUUGGUGUGACCGCCACAAACGCCCUGACGGAGGAUGCGGCAGCGCAAUCAAGCGGACAGAUGAUUCAUUUACACCAGUACGCAGCAGCCGAGGAGGCCUUUAGUGAAGCCGUGCGCAGAACCAAAUUUGGAUCUACAUGGAGAGCAGAAGAAGGCGCCUUAAGUGCUCCGACGAAUUUAAAGGUUGAUCCUGGACUUAAAGGAGAUUGCAACAGCAGCAUUGCGGGAUUUUUUGGUAUUCCUUUAGUGCAACCUCUUGAAGAGUUAUCCGGAUCCUCGUCGGGGAGUGUGACGCGUUUGCCUCAAGUAUUUGGUGGUGGUCAAUCCAAAACGACGGAUCCUAAUGGGCACCCGCCAACAUUGGGGAUAGCACAGGAUUCAAAGUCCGGAUAUGAUGUCAACCAAGCACCGCCUAACGAAUGGCCUUCUGUUUCUGCUUUGGCACGGGUGGAUAAUAUGUUUGGUAAAUCUUGGGCCCGCAGUGGGAGUGACGCCAUGGCGACAAGCACUUCUUGUACCAGUCCCCUUGGAGGUAAACUUGGCGGUAGUUAUAAGCGAUACCUUCACGUGUUCUUGUACAUGAAAGAGCAUCGACAGGAUUUCCUGCAGAGUUUAUGGGGUAGAGGACACUCAGCGACAGUCGUUUCAGAUCCGGUAGUCAUGAAACGUUAUCUGAGUAUUGGAAUGAACGCCUUUGAUGUGUUGUUUGUUGAGUGGUCAGAGAAACUGGUGACUCCGGAUAUUCGUGACCUCAUUGCCUCGGAGACGGUAAAACAGACGACGAUAUUAUACUUAUUGACGGACGAUGCGUACAGUCUCCCACUUCCGCCAGGAACUCGCGAAGAGGCGGUUCUACGCAUGCAAGAAAUUGGGGAAAUCUUUACGAAUUUUACCAUUGGUCAGAAUGUGAGCCAUUAUAUACGGCAGCGUCGGCUAAAGAAUGAGAUGAUACAAAUUCGAUGGCGUAAAAGUUAUCAGAUUGUUCGCCAAAUUGGUGGUGGUGCCUUUGGCGAUGUUUACGAGGUGUAUCUUUUUGUCUCGCGUGGACGUUUGGCGAUGAAGCGUUUAUUUCUCAACGGAGCCAGUCAUCGUUUUCUGGAGCAGCUGAACCGAGAGGUGUCGAUUAUGAGCCAUAUGGAUCAUCCAAACAUAGUCAGUUUCUCCCAUUCCUCUAUGGAGGACAACGCAUACUGCAUAUUCAUGGAGUUGUGCGAUGGGACAUUGGAUCAACGCCUGCAUCGGGGGUUCCCGGCCACGGAAAGCAAUCAAAUGAAUAAACCGCCUCUACCACGUUUGUCAAAUGGCGCAUCCUUUCCGGUUCAACCUGUUGGAACGAUAGGGGAUAGACCGGAUACCAAUCAUGAUGAGUUUGGCAAAAUUCCAGAACCACUUACUGCAAGAGAAAUAGUUCUUCUUUUGCGUGAUGUCGCGAGUGGUAUUGCCUAUCUGCAUUCACAAGGUAUAGUGCAUCGCGACAUUAAACCAUGCAAUAUUCUUUUUAGUGGUGGUGUGGCAAAGAUUGGUGACUUUGGUUCCGCCGCUGAGGAAUGCGCUGCGAAACCCCUUGUUAACAUGAAAGGAACGCUAGCAUAUAUGUCACCUGAGGUUUUGUUAGGUGAACCAUAUGGAAGACCAUGUGAUAUGUGGUCCUUUGGCUGUCUAUUGGCAGAAGUGAUUGGAUUACGUCUUGGUCAUCUUCAAGGACUACACUUUCCCGCGCUGGUUGAGUUAUACACCUCCAUUCCCAAAGAUGGAAGUCUACCCAUCACAGUAGCCAACCACAAGGGUGGAAAGCUACAACACCACUUUGGUACAACGACGGCUCAAAUGAUAUUAGGGGCAAUGAAAAACGCCUAUAAUGACGCCCGUGGCAAACAAUGUGAGGGUUCUGUACAACGUCGUCUAGUGGCUUCAACUUCACCAAAGGAAAAAAUGAGUUCUUCUAGUAGGAAUGAGAGUUUUGAAAGCAAAUUAAUGAGUAGCAUGACGUGUGAUAGCUCAAGGGCCAUAACGUACAUAACCACCAAUAACACAACAUUUUUGGGAUCUGAAAAGGCCGAGCUCCCGGAGAGUCUUGUGGAGUUGUUGGAGAAUCUGUUCUGUCGUGACCCACGAAGGCGUAUGACCGCAGAGGAAGUGCUUCACCACCCCGUGACGUGGGAUGUCGAGUGGAUGGAGAUGGUAAUAAGAGCCGUUGAGGAAAUUUGCCCCCUAGACGCAGACGACGCCUCGGCGGAUGCAUCACAUGCCGGGGAAAACAGCGCUGAACGGGAAGAGGAUUUGGACCUCUCCAUUUCUUCGACAUAA